UGUGCACAGAAACUUAUCAUAUUACACAUUAGAUGCAGGUUCAACGUUUAUAAUGGAUUAUUCGACAAAUUUAACUAUUAUAAUUAUUUCAAAAGCCAUGGAAUUAAAUAUAACUGAUAAGAGCGGAAAUUAAUAAAAACUUUCAAAUAAUAUUUUUAAAUAUUUUUGAAUAUUAUUCACAUAGAUGUGUAUUUAAGUACGAGAACAUUACCGUUACUAUGAAGGAAUUAAUUACAGGGUUGGAAAAGUUACUUUAUAAAAAUAACUAGUUAGAGUUACAGUUUUUUCUGUAUUUUUAUGGUAUAGAAAUUACUAUGGUAAAUAGUAAGCGCGGACCAAAUUUUAUCCGUGAAGAAAUUCUGGUCUCCGAACAGUUCAGAUUUGAAUCCUUUAGACUAUUUCGUGUGGAGCGUUAUUAAACGAGUGACUAACAAGUCGAGACAUCUCAACGUAAUAUCUUUCCAGCUAUUGAGACAGCGUUCGCAAAUAUGGAUAAGGGCGCAUUGCAGAGAGCGUACCAGUGCUUUUGACCAAGUAUCGAAGGAGUUAUCGAUGCUAAAGAGGGUUAUAUAGAAUAAUUUUAUUCUAAAAGGAUAUCACUAUUAAUGUGUAGAAUAUUUUUCUGUGAUUCUUACACUUUGAUAAAUAAAAUUUUGUUCAAACAAAUUGUUUAUUUUGUCUGGAUUUUGAUGGCGGAUGUCAUAUAUAUAUUAUAUAGAUCUAUAUACAUUAUAUAGAUGUUAUACAUAUAUUAUGUAUAACUAUCUAAGACAAAAUAUUUAUUACCGGUUUGAGUGAUUUUUAAAAUUAGAAAUAUAUAUAUUUAAUAUCGCCUAUACGAAUCAAACAUUAGAUGUUCGCGAGUAUAAUUAAUGACUUAAAACAAUUAUCAGCAUAUACUACGCGCUGACAAAUUCGUCUUAAAACACAGUUUUUUAAAUAUAAUUCUGAGUGUAUAAUUUUUGGAAAGCCUAUUGUUAAUUUAAUCCUUCUUUUUCUUAUCUUAAAUUGUUUCUAUCGCUACGUGCGAUAUCGCAUACUUUGCUUAGUGCCCGUUCGUGCAGAAGUCAAAAUGUGCUUUUCUUUUUUUUUGAAAUUGUCAUGAUGGAGGGAGAAACGAUAUAAAAGUAAACGUUUUUUAAAAAUUUAUUUUCUCUUUUGAAUUUUUUAAGGAAGAAAGUAAGGAUGAAGGGUUACGUCUAUGCGAUCUCAUUGCUGAUGUGCGGGUUGGGUUACUUUGCUGCACAAGUAGCAACACGAGUUAUUGAGCUACCACCAGAAAUGCGGCCUUUAAAGCGUACCUGCAAAUGGGAAAAUUUGUAUAUUGCAGAAGGCACACACCAUAUGGGAGGGGGGGUGUGUCGUCAAUUAAUUUGUGAUAGUACCGGUAAAGUAAUUAUGAAAACAUGCCCUGAAGCAAACUGUCCGGAUGGUGAAUACUUGUAUUCUUAUACUUUUCCUGAUUAUACCAAACGAUUUCCAGAUUGUUGUGCACAAUUCGUUUGUAGAAAAAGAGGACCGGUAAAUCUAGCCAGGCUUGAUGACCUUGCCAUUGACGUAUUUUAUCGUGGUUACAUUCCUGACGAUGAGUAAUCUUCAAUAGAUUUAGUCGUCUUUUGUGCUUCGUCAAAAUGUUAUAACAAAAAAGUUUCAAAAGAAUGAUGUAUAUUUUCAACAAAAAACUACUUUACAAGUCAUAUUUGAACAGGUAAAUAUUUACCUUUACGAAAUCCCCGUCAAUAAUCUUGACCUUGACAUAUGUCAAGAUAAUAAAUAAAUUAUUUACAAUAAAUAUUUGCCAGAUUGGUCAUUACCCAAGAGUUUUAUUAUCAUUUUUUGAUUGCUGGCAACUGAACAAUAUUCCAUUUGGAUAAAUUAUUUAUAGUUUUAUUGAUAUUAAAUAAAUAAAACUGCAGUGUUAUUAUGAUUUCAUAACAAUCAAUAUGCAAAUAUAACUUUACUUGCGAAUGUCAA